CCCUUCAACAAAUUACCUCUCCACCGAAUUUACAAGCCUAUCCACGGAACAGCAUCUAAAUAGCCGGACUCGAUCGAGGGCAUAUCUGUCAUUUCACAUGUCACAGCUAAACCCCCCCCUGGCUUUCCAAUUUGUCACUUCCCCCUUGUCCCCAGCAUCUCCGUAUUUGAAUCCGAGUCCCGCUCUCAAAACUACCACGCUAUUUCAACCUUGUCUUCCGUCUUUAUAAACAAAUCUAGAGUUUUUUUUUUUUGACUUCUCCUCCAACAAAAAGGAAAAAAAAAACUCUAAUGGCGAUCCAAUCAAGAAGGAGAGCAGAGGCAGGGAUCAGCCCAGAGAGGAGGAUGGUUUGGAUUGAGCCCACGAGCUCAAAGAAGCCAGGGAGAAGAAUCGCGGUCGUCUACUACCUCUCGAGAAACGGGCACUUAGAGCAUCCCCAUUUCAUGGAGGUCCCCCUCUCCUCAAGCCAUGGCCUCUAUCUCAAAGACGUCAUCAAUCGUCUUAAUGCUCUGAGAGGGAGAGGAAUGGCAAGCAUGUACUCUUGGUCCUCCAAAAGGAGCUACAAGAAUGGAUUCGUGUGGCAAGAUCUGAGCGACGAUGAUUUCAUCUAUCCUGCUCACGGCCUCGAGUACGUGCUCAAGGGAUCCGAGCUCCCGCUGCUGGACCUCUCGUCGCGCUCGAUAUCUCAAGAUUCUUCCUCCUCCUCCACCGGCUCCGAUCGAGCUCCUGACCUUGACAGGAAGAAGAAGAAGAAGUCUCCAUGGGACUCCUUCGAUCUCAACGAGUAUAAAGUCUCCAGGUCCGAUCUCAUCGUUGACGCCUCCACUCAGACCGAGGAAAAGAAAAUUAGGAGCAAAUUGGUUCUUGAUAGGGAGGAGAUCGAGAUCGGGUCGGAGGAUCGGGCGGUCGGCAGCGGGAGGUUCCGGGCUUCUGAGGUCCUGAUGCAGAUCGUUUCGUGCGGAUCGGCGUCGAUGACGAGGGGCGGCGCGGCCGUUUUGACACGUGGAGGUUCGGAUUCGGGCUCUCCGGUCGGAGGGAAGGAGGGUUGCUUUAGCGGGAGCUUGAUUGAGGCGAAGAAGAAAGCUGAUAGCGAUGGUGAUGACGGGGAUUCUUCUGUUUUUUCGCUGCAAAAGAGAUCGUAUUCUUUCAAUGCUGCUGACUAUAGCAGGGGGUCUCAAAAGGCGGGAAAAGCUGUAAAGGAAAUCAAUGAUGCACGUGCGAAAUGCGUGCCGAGAAAGAACAAAGCCUCCACGACUACCAACGCGACGAUGAGCAAAGCGAAGUGAUUAAAUGACUACUAGCAUAACUAAUGAUGUUUAUUAGUCUAAGAUCAGAGAUGAGAGAGAGAGAGAGAGAGAGAGAGCUGGGUUUUGUGCUGACAUCGAGAGAGGGCGAGGAUUCAAAUGGGGUGUCGCCUUUUUUAGCAGCUGGCUCGUUACGGCACGGAGCAGCGGAACCGAGAAACAAACAACAUGUCGGUUGACUUUUUGGCCCGCUGAGAUUUCAAGUUGUGUCACUG